AUGAACUUGGUAGAGAAAACAAUGUUCCAAGAAUAUCUGACAGAUCAGGGGACUGUGGUAAAGCCAUACUGCUGGCAGAGACAGAACCACAUCUGUGCUAAAUGUCCCUACCACAUACGGACUGGUGAAGAAGCGAGAAUCCCUCACGCAGAAUUUCACAGGGUCUUUGGCUUCCCAUACAGAUCAACAGCAGCUAUCCAAACCAAACACCUUCUCUUCUAUGAACUGAGGAGUUUCUCAGGCAGAGUAGUCCAAAAAGGCCAUGCUACAAACUGUACUGACCACGACAACCAUCCAGAAUCUAUGCUGUUUGAGGUGGGUGGUUAUCUGGACGCAGUUACAGAUGCCUAUGAAGACAUUGGAUGCAUCAUCCUCUAUUCAAAUUGCUCUCCUUGUAAUGAGGCUUACCACUGCUGUGUAAGCAAAAUCUACAACUUCUUGCUGAAGUAUCAAGAAGUCACACUCUGCAUCUAUUUCUCUCAGCUUUAUCACACUGAGGAUGGUUUCCCUGCUGCCAUAUGGAACCGUGAAGCUUUGCGGAGCCUCUCCAGCCUGUGGCCUCAGAUGACUCUGCAGAGAAUGCCUGGGGGGGCAUGGCAUUACCUCCUCUGCAAUUUUGUGUAUGGCAUCCCAGGGUCAACACUUCAUCAUCCAACUCCACCAUCAACAACCUUAGCAGAUAGACAAAAUCCACACCAAAUUAACAAUUUGACAGGAAUUAAUCCAUAUUUUAGAAAAGCCUUUCCACAAGCAAUUCAGGGAAAGCCUGUUGUGCUGCAGAAAUUAAAAGCCUUUUCUUCUCCUAGCCCAGCUUCUCAUCAGCCUUUUCAAAUGCUGAAAGGCAGUCUGCUACCUCCGAUGUCUCAAAGCCACUCAGUGCUUUUCCCAGGCAUGUUUCUGCCCUUUCAGAGGGAACAUCUACACCCCAGACCUAAACAUAUCAUAAGGCAUUUAAAAAUGCCAAAGGAGUAA